GUGGGGGUGGGGUGGAGUGAAUCGCCACUUGGUACUCCCCAGCGGAAGGUCACGUGAGCGGAUGCCGCAACGUUUGGCGGGAAAACGCGCCCCCUCGCCCCCCGCCUCCCUCGCCUCAAUUUUGGCGGGAAAAAAGGUGGAGCGUCGGCGUCGUCGUUGUUGUGAGGAGUUCUGUUUAUUUUGGUAUCGAGCCCUGUGAGCCAUUCGGCUGUUGAAUCGGGUGCAGCCGCAACAAACCCCAAGAAAACACAAAACCACGAACAAGAGGGAGACGAGAGAGCGAGCGAGGGAGCGAGCGACGUUCGUGGCUUCAUCUCGACAAACUAAAAACAAAAAUGUCUCGACAACAACAAACUUCCCUCACGGACUUCUUCGGCAGCCGCCGGCGCUCGUCGGCGGCUGCUGCUGCUGCUGCCGCGAUGCCGGCCAAGAGGCUGAAGCUGCGCGGCUCCGAGGGAGGUUUCCACUUCUCUGGCGGCGACGGCGGCGGCUGCGGCGGCGAUGCCGUUGAGGCGAAGGCUCUGAGCGACGUCGUUGUUUUUAGUGGCGCCGCCGCGAUGGCGUCGUCGUCGUCAACAACAACGACGACGAUGGCGAUGGAGGCCGUCGCUGUGAGGAGAGGGAGGCGUGGUCGGCGAUCGCGGGAGACGAAGGCGACGAAGGGCGAGGAGGGGAGGACGAGAGUAAGGGGCGACGUGGCCACGUCGGGCGACGACGAUCACCACCGCGGCGAGAGGAGGAGGCGGCGGCGGCCACGACGGAUCGAUGAGGAGGUGGUGGAGGAGGUGGAGGAGGUGGCGGCUGCCACCAUCGCCACGCCGAGCAGCGCACCCCGGCAGCUGAGAGCGGCGAGACGGCGGGAGGGUGAUGAGGAGAGACGAGGCGAUGGUGGUGGUGGUGGUGAUGAUGAGAGACGAGGAGGUGAUGAUGAUGAGAGACGAGGCGAUGGUGGUGAUGGUGAUGAUGAGAGACGGGUGAUGGUGGAGAACGAUGUUGCAACAACCACCAUCACCGCCAUCACCACCACCACGAGAAGACGCCGGCGGCUGGGGGAGCAGCAGCGGAAACGAGGGGAGGAGGAAGAGGAGGAGGAGGGGAGACGAGGAGAUGGCUGCGGCGAGAAUGAUGAGGAGGAGGAGGAGGUUGGACACCACGGGGAGAGCCCCGAGAAGAGAUCCCGGGAGACGCCGCGCGGAGCCUUCGGCCAGGGGCGGGGACGGGAGGACGAGGGGGAGGCCGUGGGGAGGCGCGCGGCGAGAAAGCGGCUGCACCUCGAGGACGAGCCGGUGGAGAAAGAGGGCGCCGGCGACGGUGAUGCCAGCGACGGUGAUGCCGGCGACGGCGGUGCCGGCGACGGCGAUGCCGGCGACGCUGGUACCGGUGAUGGUGACGCCGGUUACCCUCCGGCACCCACAGCCGGGCUUCGCAAGUCCGUGAAGGAGCAGCUGAACCGCAGGCUGUCUCUGUCUCCCGCUUGUGGGGGGCCGAAGGCUUCCCCCAGGGGGGCCCCCCCCACCCCGCAGAAGGGGGGUGGCUGCCCCGGUGACUUGCAGGUGGCGCAAAAGGCGAACGCGGCGGAGGCGAAGCAGUCCCUCGGGACCUGCAGCUCCCUGGCCGAGUUGCAGGCGAAGAUUCGCAGAAUCCAGCAGAAGAAGAAGCAACAGGAGGAGGAGGCGGAGCGGCGGCAGCAGCAGCCGGAACUGGAACGCAAAGCACAGGGCAACGCCGGAACACUGGCCUCCCAGCGCGGCAGGGACCUGGACUCGGCGGAGCUGAAGGCGGCGGUGGAGCGAGCGCGCUCGGCCCGGGCCCUCGCCUCGCGACUUCUCGACCGCCGCUCGCUCGCCCCUCCUUCCGCUGCCCCCGCCACCCCGCCACCUUGCGUCCGUCCCCUCCAAACGACGACGCCGACCGCGCCCGGGCCCGCCCUCCGCCUCGCCCGCACCACCCCCGGCAGCGGGGAGAACGUGCCGGCGUUUGAACGCUUCCACACGCUCGCCCGGGACGUGCCUCCAGGCCUCACGCUGCCGCUCAAGAUGACGCUGCUGGCAGAGAUGUUCCGCAGCAUGGACACGGUGGUGGGGAUGCUCUUCAACCGCGCGGAGACCGUCACCUUCGCCAAGGUGCAGAGCGCCGUGCACGAGAUGCUGCGAAGGCGUUUUGAGGAGCGCAGUGUUGGGCAGAUCCACGCUGUGUACCCAGAGGCGUAUCGCUUCCGUCAGGAGAGAGCCGUAGUCGCGUGGAGCCACUCGGCCCGCCCGGGGGACUACCACCUCACCAUCGAGCCCCUGCUCCCCACGGGUGACACGACGCAGGGGUCGCGACCCCACCUGACGGCGGCUCGACUCCUGGAACGGCGUCGCUCGUUCCACCGCCGCCUGCUCGCCAUCGUCAAGAAACAUCACAAGGCCUUCCUGGAGUCGCUGUCGCCCCCCAUGGCUGUGCCCGAGGAUCGGCUGGCGCGCUGGCACCCGCGCUUCGACGUUGACGCAGUGCCCGACGUGACGCCGGCGCCGCUGCCCCGGCCCCCCGAUGCCGAGCGCUGCACCACGGCCGGGGACGCGCUGCGGAUGGCACGGGGAGGUGGGGGAGGUGGGGGAGGUGGAGGCCUCACGCCCAAGAUGGAGAAGGCGCUGGCCAACGUGGCCCUCAAGUCCUCGGGCGCCACGCCGGGAGAUAGGACGACCGCACAGACGGAGAACCGGGCGGAGGCGGAGGCAACGCCGGGACCGGCGGCGACCCUCAGCCCGGCACUGAAGGGGAUCUCGCAGUCACUGAUCGACAGGGUGCGUGCCCGCGAGGCCGCUCGCGCCGCCGCCUCCAUGCAGCGCGACGCCGGGGCGCAGGAGCGAGCGGGCCGCCUGCGGAGCCUGCCGGCGGUGGCACGGACCCUGCGCGGGGUCUUCCUGGCCGAGCGGCGCCCGGCGCUGCCCAUGGAGCUCGCCUGCUCGCGCCUCGUCCAGAGCUGUGGCCUUGGCACCACCGCCGGGGAGAUGGAGCAGCUGCUGCGGCUGCUGGCGGACGCCGCCCCGCGCUGGCUGGGAUUGGUGGCGACGGCGCGCGGCGACCUCUACGUGAAACUGCUGGACAAGUCGGCCGACCUCUCACAGAUCACCACGCAGCUGCAGGAGCGCGCACGCCAGGAGCAGGCGACCCUCUAGUGGUGGGCUGUGGUGUGGGUGUGGGUGGGUGUGGACACAGAUUCAAUCGAAGAAUGAGAAGGGGGCCGUCUCGGGACGUGGCUCUAGUGAUAUCGGCUUCUGCAGCUUCCGUUGCGCGUGGACCCAGAGUCGGUUGAAGAGGAAGACGAGUAAGAAGGCCAGCACAGACGCAGCCUUUGCCCCC